AACAGCGUGACCGACAGUAGUCAGAAACACUCGGAGCACUGCAGGACAGCCCUUUCCUUUUUUCAAAGUGGACACUUUUGCGCUGAAGUCUGCUCUCAUUAGGCUAUUUAAGAGGCAAUUUCACACACAGCGGUUCAUUCACAGGACGAAUUAGUCGCUCUGCAGAAGUAGAAGAGCAGAGGACGUCAUCGACGAGAGUCAGUUCUGGCACGGCUGAUCCGACUCUAGUAAGAUAUGGUGGACACACAGCACCUCCUGGCCUGGCCCGUGUGCUACAGCCUGAGCACGGUGGACCUGCCACUGCACGAGGACAGCUCCCACUCCCUGGACCUGAAGCCCUGCUACACCACCAUGGACUAUGCCCCCACCUCCACCCUCCACCACUCCUCCUCCUCCUCUGCGUCCUCCUCCUCCCUCUCCCCCUCCCUGCCCUCCCACGGCGCCUCCCUCUACGACGGCGCCAGCCCGCAGCGGGGGGACGACCACCACCUGACCAACAUGGACUACGCCAACAUGCACUGCUACGGCGCGCAGUUCCGCGUCCACGGUUCCAUCAAGCUGGAGCCGGGGUCCCCCUCGCAGUACUCAGAGAGCCCCUCCUACCCCAGGGUGAUGGAGGAAGCAACGUCUUCCAUCACGCUGAACAUCGAGUGUCGCGUCUGCGGGGACAAGGCCUCAGGGUUCCACUACGGCGUCCAUGCCUGCGAGGGUUGCAAGGGUUUCUUCAGAAGAACGAUUCGGUUAAAGCUUGUUUACGAUCACUGUAACCUUCGGUGUCGCAUUCACAAAAAGUCCCGCAACAAGUGCCAAUACUGCCGCUUCCAGAAGUGCCUCAUGGUCGGCAUGUCCCACAACGCCAUCCGCUUCGGCCGCAUGCCCCAGGCAGAGAAGGAGAAGCUGCUGGCCGAGUUCUCCUCGGACCUGGACCACGUGCAUCCAGAGGCGGCCGACCUGCGUGCGCUGUCCCGCCUCCUCUACGACUCCUACGUCAAGCACUUCCCCCUCACCAAGGCCAAGGCCCGGGCCAUCCUGUCUGGGAAGACCGGGGACAGCUCGCCGUUUAUUAUCCACGACAUGAAGUCUCUGAUGGAUGGAGAACAGUUGAUCAACUGCAAACAGAUUCCCGGAAGAGACCAGCAUCCGUCCCCAGCUGUCCUGGCUGACAACUAUGGGGUCGUGGCGGGCCACCCGGCGCCAGGGUACGGGGGGCUGGGGGGUCUGUCCCAGGGGCCCAUCGGGCUCAGUCACCAGGGGCGGACGGAGGGCCUGGAGUUGCGCUUCUUCUACUCCUGCCAGUCCCGCUCUGCCGAGGCCGUGAGGGAGGUUACGGAGUUCGCCAAGAGCAUCCCCGGCUUUGUAGAUCUGGAUCUCAACGACCAGGUGACGUUGCUGAAGUACGGCGUGAUAGAGGUGCUGACCCUCAGGAUGGCUCCCCUGAUGAACAAGGACGGCACGCUGAUGUCCUACGGCCAGAUCUUCAUGACGCGGGAGUUCCUCAAGAGCCUACGCAAGCCCUUCUGCCAGAUGCUGGAGCCCAAGUUUGAGUUCUCCGUCAAGUUCAACACCCUGGAGCUGGACGACAGCGACCUGGCUCUGUUCCUGGCCGUCGUCAUCCUCAGCGGCGACCGGCCGGGCCUGCUGAACGUGCGGCCCAUCGAGCUUCUCCAGGAGACGGUGCUCCACUCCCUGGAGCUCCACCUGAAGGUCAACCACCCAGACUCCAUGCAGCUGUUCGCCAAGCUGCUGCAGAAGAUGACGGACCUGCGGCAGAUCGUGACCGACCACGUGCACCUCAUCCAGCUGCUGGACAAGACCGAGGUGGACAUGUGCUUACACCCGCUGCUGCAGGAGAUCCUGAAGGACUUGUAUUAGAGAGAGCUGAUGAUUGUGUGUGUGUGUGUGUGUGUGUGUGUGUGUGUGUGUGUGUGUGUGUGUGUGUGUGUGUGUGUGUGUGUGUGUGUGUGUGUGUGUGUGUGUGUGUGACGUGUGUGACGUGUGUGUGUGUGUGUGUGUGUGUGUGUGUGUGUGUUGUGUUUGUGUUGGUAGGUUGUAGUGAGACGGCGAGGGGGGGGUCUCCGAAACCAAUGGCGAGGGUUUUAUAGAAAUAGAAACCUCAUGGUAUUGACUUGCAUGAACAAAUAACUUUGCUAACGGGUAUGAUGUUGACAUGUGGACCAAUUCAUAUUUUGUAAUCUUUUUUAUAAAUCUGUGUCUAUCCAUAUAAUUAAGGAAUAUUUGUAGGAAGAGAUGUAUAAUAGUACAUUUACAAGGACCAGGGUUUCAGCAACUGCCAAGUGCCUUUCAGUAAUUUGGAUACCUUUUUUAUUUCUUUGUGAAAUUUCUAAAUAACAAAAUGAUGGGCUUUGGGUAAAGAAUCAAAAGAAUAUUUUUUAAGGUUUGUUGAUGUUAUUUAGGAAAUUCAUAUACAACGGCAGUCAAAUGGAUGACAAAUUCUGCACCUCUUUCUGUGUCAUUGCUCACGGAAUGAACCUGUGUAUGUUUACUAAUGUACACAAAAUGAAUGGCCUUGAUGUGCUGAUCAGAUAGAGUCAUGUCAUAGAACACAUGAGAAAGGAUGAGAGAGAGUGAGGAUGUCUAGACACAUAAACAAUAUUGUGCAAAGUCAUAACUGCUGAGUUUGAUACAUGGCAAACUAAGAAUAAGUCAAGUAUAACUAUUACUGAUUGUGCCAAGUAAAAUUUAACUUUGAAGCCUCACUCUAUUCAAAGAAAGGUUUUUGAUUGUCUUUCGAAAGGCAGUAAGAAAUAUAUCACUGUGAAUAUUUGCAUGCAUCUUUGUCAUUUUAGUUUUUUGUGUUUAUACACAAUAAUAGGCAGCAACAUCGAAAUUGUAUUAAUAUGUAACGUGUAAUGUGUUUUUAUGUGCAUUCAUUUGGCCAUUUUCUUUACUAUUUCUGAGUGUUUCUGUCUUCAAUGACUGAAUUGGAUUCAUGUAAAAAAUGACCAACAGUUUAUAGUAUAUGUAUGUUAUUUACGGUUUGAUUCGUAUUAUACAAAUUUGUAAGUGCAGUCGUCCGUAGGGGACUCAGUGAAGUUCACAGAGUUUAAUUUAGCCUUACUUUAUGUGUAAAAUACAUAAA